AUGAAGGCUAACCUACCUCAUACCGAUGCCUGCGUUGAACUUGCUCUUCUCGAUGGCGGCAGCUUUUUAGGAGAUUUGAGCCGUAUGCAUGCUGGCGAAAACGGUACGUUUCGCAUGUAUAACUGGGCAUUCUAUGUCUCGCACCAGGGAAGACAUAUACUUUGGGAUCUUGGAUUGGACGAGGACCGAAGUUGUUAUACUCCAUGGGUUAACAAAUUCAUGCUAGAGCAUGUCAAUCACGUUGGACCUCGGAGGACCAUCGUCCAGCAGUUAUCAGAAAGAGGGGUGUCCGCAGAAGAUAUUGAUACCGUAUUGUUCAGUCACGCUCAUUGGGACCACUCGCGACCCAUCAGCGACGUAUUUCCGAAUGCGAAGGCGUACUUCGGUCCAGGAACAAGGGCAGCAUGCCAGCCAGGGCAUAUGAAGGAUCCAAGUCUGCAGUGGGAUGGCCGCUUCUUCGACCCGGAGCAUUCGACCGAAAAAUGGGACGAGCUACAAGGUGAAUGGAGACCUUUUGGCCCGUUUGAGAGAGCGUUGGACUACUUUGGUGACGGCAGUUUCUGGGUCCUCGAUGCGCCUGGUCAUAUGCCAGGCAAUAUGGCUGCUGCAGCAAGACUGCAAGGCGGCGAGUGGGUGAUGCUUGGUAGCGAUUGCUGUCAUUCGCGGGAUUUGUUGGACGGCCUACGAGAAAUUGCGGAGUUUCAGGGACCAGGGGCAGUGAGCAUGUCUCUUCAUACAGACCUCACUUCUGCGAAAGACACCAUUGCCAAGAUACGACAGCUGGAAACCAAUUUUGGUGUUCACACCGCGCUCGCGCACGACGCGUCGUGGUUGAAGCAGGGCACAGAUCAAGUGCUCAUGUCGCUGCUGGACAGCAAGAUGCGCGUCGCAGCCAAGGAGAAGAUACCGUUUGAUGAGAUACCAUAGACCGAACAUGAGAUACUAUAGACCGAACAUGAGAUAUGAGUCCGGUUUAGUGUCCGAAGGUUGGAUGCCUGAUAUUCAAGUAGCGCGGCGACGCGCCGGUUACGCGUUUUUCGUGACGUGAUUGCUGAUGGGGUAGGUAUGCGUACAACGGGAUGCCUCGAUACCACUCCUUCAGGCAUGAACAUAGCAAUAAUUCAGCUGUGAGCAAACAUGAAAAAGAAGUAGAGGCAGAACUCAAAAUUGUUGUGCGACGCUUGGAGACGCGGUUGCGGUAGUCGGUUGCCUCAACUGCUACGACCACGCUAGAGACGCAACCAAGGAAGAACACCGUCAUGAUAUUCUGCGUGACAAUAUGCUACGCUUAGCGUUUGCAUGCUCGGAUUCGAUGACUUUGAAUCAUUGAGAUACCAAAGUGUUAAAGAUAAGUGUGCUAGUGAUAAAUC